AUGGGGAACUGCGCCGGCGUGGAGGGGAACGCCGAGAUCAACCCUUCCUUCAGUGCCCCCAAUUCGUCAGGGACCGGUUCUAAAAACAGCAGCAAGAAUGCAACCGACACCAGCACCUUCGGUACCAAGACGUCCGGCUCUUCGUCGUCGGUGCCACCAACUCCCCGUACGGAGACAGAGAUCCUGGAGUCGACGAAUGUUCGCAAGUUCACCUUCAGUGAGCUGAAAGGCUCCACGAGGAACUUCAGGCCGGACAGCCUGCUCGGGGAGGGAGGCUUUGGCUCUGUGUUCAAGGGAUGGAUGGAUGAGCGCACGCUUGCGCCUGUGAAACCGGGCACUGGGAUGAUUGUCGCGGUGAAGAAGCUCAAGCUCGACAGCUUCCAAGGGCACAGAGAAUGGCUGGCUGAGGUCAAUUACCUAGGGCAGUUAUCCCACCCUAAUCUUGUAAAACUUAUCGGGUACUGCUUGGAGGACGAGCAACGGCUUCUUGUGUAUGAGUACAUGCCAAGAGGGAGCUUGGAGCAUCAUCUUUUCAGGAGGAGCUCGAACUUCCAACCGCUCCCAUGGAACUUACGCAUGAAGGUUGCGCUUGAAGCUGCCAGAGGUCUUGCUUUCCUGCAUGGCGACCAGACUAAAGUUAUUUACCGCGAUUUCAAGACCUCCAAUAUUCUUCUCGACUCGGAAUACAAUGCAAAAUUGUCUGAUUUCGGUCUGGCAAAAGACGGUCCAAGUGGUGAUAAAAGUCAUGUUUCUACUAGGGUCAUGGGGACACAAGGAUAUGCUGCCCCUGAAUAUCUUGCAACAGGCCAUUUGACCGCGAAGAGCGAUGUGUACAGCUACGGUGUUGUUCUUUUGGAGUUGCUGUCUGGGCAGCGUGCUCUGGACAAGAACCGCCCGCCUGGUCAGCACAAUCUGGUGGAGUGGGCUAGACCUUACAUCACCAACAAGAGGAGGGUCAUCCAUGUCCUGGACUCAAGGCUGGGUUCCCAGUAUUCCCUUCCUGCGGCUCAGAAGAUGGCAGCCCUCGCACUGCAAUGCUUGUCGAUGGACGCACGAUGCAGGCCUGGCAUGGAUCAGGCUGUGACUGUAUUAGAAGAACUUCAAGAGGCCAAGGGCUCAGUGAAAAAGCUGGCAAGUUUCUGUUGUGCCAAGCGCCAGAAUAAGCGGAAUCAGUUUUUACUAGCCUUUUCAAAAGUAGAUGUUUCACAAUCACAAGUAGUGCAAAUCAGUGGCAUAUGA